AUGUCUCCCCUCUCGGUACCCAAGAUCUUCAUGGCUGGCGGCGCCGUCGGCUUCGGCUACUACCUAUACAUGCGCCAAUACUGGUUCCCGAACCCCUACAAGACACAGGGUGUGCAGAACAUUGAAGACCGCUUCUCUGCUGGUGGAGGCCACCCCACACACACGCCUGCCCAGGCAAGCAUGCGAGGCUCAUCAUCAGACAACGAGGGCAGGAAAGAGGGUGGCAGCAACAAAGGGCCCGACUCGGAGCAUUUCAAGGGCAACCACUCGUCCCAGCAGAGCGACGGCGUCUGGCCGGCCAAGUUCUACGAGCAGCAGCUCAACAACCCCAAGGGCAAAUAA